AUGGUCAAGAUUCAGUUUUCCGUUAAAAAUGCAUUUAUCCAAAAAUAUAUACUCUUUCUAACAGUAGCUUGUAUGGUGAUGACGUUUAUGAACAUAAUGAAUCGAAUUCACUACAUUGGAGCCAGUUACGCCAUCGGAGCAAUAUUAAUGGGAAUAACCAAUCACAUCCAUAACUCAUUAAGCAUAACAGGAAUCGGAUGCGUUUUGGACUUACUUCAUCUUAUUUUCCGCAGCUCUAAUUCAAGUUGGACUUCAGUCAGAUAUUUUCAAUUUAUAAUACAUGCUCUUGCUAUCGUGUUCGAGUUAAUGUACAUGACGAUGCUGCAUUGCUACUGGCAAUACACCGAAGCAACUAAAAAUCAUUCACAAACAUGGCUACAAAACCAAACGAUAUUACCCAUCAAACUUGGGCAAUCCAGUGCAGCAGCACUAAAUCCUAGUAUUUCAAUAUCGGAACCUAUUCAAGUGACAGAACCAGCUAUGGACCCUGUAGCACACGAACCAAAUGCAGCAGCGUCAAACUCUAUUGCAGAAACACUAGAACCUAUUGAAGUGACUAAAACUAGUCAAGUAUUAACGGAACCUAAUGUAACAAUACUGGAACCAAAUGCAGUGUCAGAACCUAGUGCAGAGACUGAACCCACCACAGCAACAGAAAUAACCAGUAUCAGUGUACCGGUAUCAAAACCUACGUUAUCAUCAACAGAACUCAGUGUAAGAGCGCAAAAUGGCAUCGCAGAAAUACAGAAACCUAUCGAAACGCCAGAACCUGGAGCAAAUGCAGAACUAAGUGGCGCAUUAACUGACUCUAUUACACCUAUACAGGAACCCAAUUCAGCAGCGGUGGACUCUAUUGUAGAAACACAUCAACCUAUUGCGGCAACGGAACCUGAUGAAAUAAAUCAGGAAUAUAGUGUGUCAACUCCAGAACCAAAAGAAGAAAAACAGUAA